AUGCAGAUUUUUCCUCUCUCAGUUACUGCGACGCUUGUUGGCUUAGCUAUUGCUGGAAGCUCUCCGGCUUUGCCACCCCUCGCUAUCGUUACAAAGAAUAUCACAUCUACAGUCUACACCACCAGAAUUUUCACUUUAACAACGUGUAAUGCAUCAGGUACUUGCCGAUAUGGUCAUGUCUCCUCGACUAUUAUACCAAUCUCUUCAACAGUCAUUCCACAUCAAAACUUUAGUGUCCCAUCAUCUUCCAUGGCUACAACAUCCAAGACAACGAUGCUGCCUAUAAUGAGCACCAAUUUGCCAGUUACUACUUCAUAUGCCCCUAUCUUCAGUACUACAGUCAAUGUCACCAAGAUUUCAACCAUCACAUCAUGUACGGCGUCAGAUAAAAAAUGUUCUGUCACGUUAACAUCCGCGGUUGUGGUGCCCAUAUCUUCCUCUCUGACUAGGCCUAGCAAUAUUAUACCGAGUCAAGAGCCCCGAAAAUCUCAUCAGGCUAGUACAACAACAUAUGAUGCAACCUACACAAGCUUCUCCACACACGCUACUUCAUUGGAGACUGAUCUGAUUCCCACGGCUAUGAUACCGGUCGAACAUACAACGGUGGUUUCUAUCGGAACGCUUGUCACCCCUAAAGAAAGUGGCAAUAUUCAGAUCGGUACGGAAACGAGGGCACAUAAGAAGCCUAAACCAUCUACAAGCGUGGAGGCUACGGCUGCAGUUUCAAGGGUGACGUGGAGUUUGAGCUUUGUAGCUCUUGGUAUCAUAGCACUUGUCAUGUGGUGA